UUCGUAUUUUGCCUUUACGAAGCCCUCAAAAUCCAUAAGCAGAUAUCGAACGGGAUCCAGUGCUUCAUGAGAGAUCAAGAACAUCAAGUGCCAAUAUCGUAUACCGGAACCGUAUAUUUACAGGUACUUACGCUUCAAUCAUGCACACCACUACUUCUAAUAGCCAUGAUCAUCAUGUACACCAUCGGUCAACUACAACUCUUCAGUCAUCCAAUACUCGAGCACCUUUCGCAAACAGUGAUAGCAUUUCUGCCUUUAUGUAAUCCGAUCAUUUCCCUUACUUAUAUCACACCCUAUCGGAAGGUAGUCGUUGAAUGGUUCGAGCCUGUCACACGAAAAUAUUCCUACCAAUCGGCAGGGUCUACAGGGUCGAUUUUAUGA